UACCUUGUUAUAUAUUUUGUUCGAUAAGGGGUAUUCAAUUUACCAGUAUAAAUUAUUCAGUGGACGUGUAUCCCAGAGGCGAGAAAAAUGAGAAGAAACUGGAGGGGAAUAUUCAGUGCAUUGGUUAUUUUGAUGCUGAUUUUUACGGCAAGUUACUUUAAUAAAUCGUAACCUUUAUGGUCACCCAGUCGUCUUCAAAAAGUGUCAAGGUAAACAUGAAUGAUAACAAUGGGAAACAAGAGGAUUCAGGUGUAAAAAUAGUCGAGAAUGUUCACGGCAGUAGGGUGACGGCUGUUCCCGCGUCCUCGUCACUGAAGAACCCAGAUGGAGAGGACAAAGUUAAAACUGCGACAAUGUCCAGUUUGACAGAUAGAAAAUAUGAAAAUACAGAAAGCCUUUCUGCUCGCUUUGUGUACCUCAUUCAAGGCCCAAGCGUUAAAUCAAUUAAGGGACUAAAACAUUCAUCUGACCGUCAGAUUAUCUGGUUAACGUUCGCUGACCGGUCUGGAGACUUUUACUUUCCAAAAAGUACCUGGACACAAGGAAGAAACAUGCUGCUGAGGGAAGCCGUCAGACAGGCUUCCAAACGCGAAGAUGGUGGUUAUUUGUACUACAUAUUUUUGGACGACGACGCGGUAUUACUUCCAUUGCCAACAGUCAAAAAUACUAACAGUUCCUCUACAAGUAGAAACUCAACCAAAGACACGCCGUUUGACAUUUUCGAGAGUUUUCUUCUGGAAUGGGAACCUGCCAUCGGAUAUCCACAUUAUGCAAAGAAUUACAUAGAAAAAGGAGCACGCGUAAAUAUAAAUUUCAAAUUCGAUGCCAUGUUUACAGCUUUUCACAGACAUACGCUCUCUUGUGUUUUACCGUAUACCGAGGAAGUGGAUCAUAUUUCUUGGUAUUUUUCACAACUUUUCCUUGAUUAUUGGGCAGCAAUGCUAUAUAAUUCGUAUCGAAUCCAGUGCAAUGACAUUCAAGUGACCAACAAACGUUUUCAUAGCAAAAAGGAAAGGUCUUCGAAAGCCGUUGUUUAUCAUGAUUCUAUCAAAUUUGAAAUCGCGAAGGCAUUUCAAUUAUCAUCACUGCGGAACGAAACAAAUAACAAUGUCGCCACAAACUUAAUUGGUGUAUUUUCGAAAAAGGAGCCCAUAUUUGCAUACAUCAACGGUACUGCUACAAAGAAAAAUCAAAUGAACUAUAGAGUUUCGACUAAUUUCAUAUUGGACAAUUUUCGUGCCGACCAUCCGAUAAUACAAAACAUUUUACGCUGCGACGUCUUCCGGAGGUAAAGAAAAUCAUCUACGCAACUCCAGGAAUUCGUCAAGAAAAUGAACCGCAAUUUAUUCCAGACAUCGCUAAGUUGACGUAGUUAGCAAAAAUCUUGUGUGGGAAUGGAGGGUGAGAGAUGAGGACCUGUGAAAAAUGUCGGCUUGCAAGUAUACCUUUUCCCUCGCAAAUUUAUUGUGUCACUGCUCUGACAGCCAUACGAAGUGGUACUUACUGCAAAAAAUCCAUACGUUAUCCAUGGAAGGUGAUUUUGUUGUCAGGUUGUGACACGUUUCUUAAAAGUAACAAAUCCGGAGUCUUUGCGCCAAAUAUAAGUUUUCUAAAGAAAAAAAAAGCCAUACAAUUUUUCCUAAGCACCUAAGACUCGUCCGCACCUGCACUAAGAUUCUUUGCUAUAUACUGUUUCUAUUUUGAUAAUUUAGUUCAAAAUUUCUGGUUAGGUAUACCGCCAUGUCUUCCUGUAAUUAUCCGAGGUAUAUAUCGUAGGCGUAGAAAAUGAUUUGUCACAUUUUAAAACGCUUUUAAUAUACUUUCAAAA